AUGCUCAUCAAGACGCUCGCCGACGAGAAAUACGAGGUCGAUGUGGCCGAGACGGCGACGGUCGCCGAGGUCAAGGCCAAACUCGAGGCCAUGGAUAUCGGGGCGCCCGCAGACCGCUCCAAAAUCAUCUUUCGUGGCCGCGUGCUCGCAGACAGCGCCGAACUCUCCUCGCUCGGCAUCGCCCCAGGCGACUUUAUGGACCCGAGCCAGCUGGGCCCGCUGCUGCAGCAGCUGAGCACCGAGGCACCCGCCCUGCUCACCCUCGUGCAGGCCCACCAGGCCGACUUCCAGCAGCUCCUCACCAUGGAGAACAUCGAGGCCGCGUUCACCGAGGCGGCCGCCGCACGCAACGCCCAGUCCGCACCCCCCGUCGGCGGUGGCGGUGGCGGCGGCGGCGGCGGCGGCGGCGGCGGCGGCGGCGGCGGCGGCGGCGGCGGCGGCGGCGGCGGCGGCGGCGGCGGCACGGUGCAGAUCCAGGUGACGGCGGAGGAGGCGGCGGCGAUCGGUCGGCUGCAGCAGCUCGGCUUCUCGCGCGAUGCAGCGCUGCAGGCGUUCCUGGCAUGCGACAAGAACGAGGCGCUGGCGGCGAACCUGCUCUUUGACUCGGACUGA